CGUCAUGUUACCAAUGCGGAAGUAUGUAAGCCGGAAAUUAGCAUCUUCGGUUUUGUUUACAUGUGACAUGCAAUUUGCGAAGUUGAUCCUGGAGCUCCGUAAAGAACCGCAGCAUGUUCCCCCGCAGAGCUCCCCCACCGAGGGGGCGAUCAGCCUACAGUAAUGGCCUCUACCCGCCGCCGCCGCCCCAGUGCUACGAUUACAACCACCAAAGCCUGUCAGGUGUCAACAGCUUUCAUGUCCCUAGACCUGAGAGGUUGCCUUCAUAUGAAUGGAACCCUCCACCAUCCACCUCUAUGGUUCAGCCUCGUCACAUGCCCGCUAUGAUCAAUGGGCGCAAGAGACAGAAUGAUGAGUUCAGCCCUCAUGUUGUGAAGCGCCAACGUGUUAACACCUCCAGCCACCACUCAAUUGGCCCCACUUUAAUUCAUAGCCCACCUCCCCAUCAUCGUCCUGACCGAGCGGCGGCAGAGCCCUCAAGAUUAUCUCUCACUGGUUUUGAUCAUUCUUAUCCCGGCCCUAACUUAGACAGCCACCCUCAGGUACCCGUCGUGCCAGAACGCUCCAGCAGCCUGCAUGCCUCCGCUACGGACAAGCUGAGUUGUCAGAUGGUGGAGCUGUUUGAGGCGUGCCAGCAACAACCUUCAGAUUUGGAACGGAAGGAGGUGUGUCGCACUCGUUUGCAACAAGACAUACAGCAAGUCUUUUCGUCGGCACGGCUUUACUUGACUGGAUCAUCUAUGAAUGGAUUGGGCUGCCGGAGCAGUGAUGCUGAUAUGUGCCUUGUUAUCAAGGGAAAUAAAAAGCCGGAUGCCAUUCGUGUCCUUGCUUGUCUCCAAAGGUUGUUCAGAAAACUCUCUUAUGUAGAGAGGACUCAGCUGAUCAGAGCCAAAGUGCCAAUCCUCAGGUUCAGGGAGAAAGGCAGUGAUCUGGAGUUCGAUCUGAAUGUCAACAACACAGUGGGCAUCAGGAAUACAUUCCUUCUGAGGAGUUACGCCUAUGCCGAUCUCAGGGUAAGACCCAUGAUCCUUGUCAUCAAGAAAUGGGCACGGCACAAUCAAAUCAAUGAUGCCAGCAAAGGAACAUUAAGCAGCUACACGCUGGCGCUGAUGGUCCUGCACUACCUCCAGACACUUGGUGAACCUGUCCUCCCUUCUCUACAGAGGGACUACCCAGAGUCGUUUAAUCCCUUAAUGGACCUGGAUGUUGUUCCAGAGGGACCCAAACACAUCCCUCCCUAUGUCUCAAGAAACAAGUCCUCCCUGGGAGAGCUGCUUUUGGGAUUUCUCAAAUACUAUGCCACACAGUUCAGGUGGGAUAAACAGGUGAUCUCUAUUCGAGAAGCCAGAGCGCUCCCUAAGAACACUUCUCAAGAGUGGCAUAACAAAUUCAUAUGUGUGGAAGAACCUUUUGAAAGAAAUAAUGUUGCCAGGGCCGUCCAUGAGAAGAUAAAGUUUGAUGCCAUUAAAGCUCAAUUUGCUGAGUCGUGUCGGAUACUACACGAGAGGAAGGACCUGAACUCGAUCCUCCCUUUCAGAGCCGUCAUGAUUAAGGAGUCAUCCAGGGGAUAAGAGAUUCCUCUAAUUAGACAAGCUGACUGGUGUCUUCUACCUCAAGACCAUCUCCCGAAACAAUGCAAGACUGUAUGGAUGUGCUGAGAGAGAAAGCCGGCUACCUUGGAACCUUCACAGCCGUAAAGGAUGGAGGGAUGAAUACUGUAGCCGCUUCUGUAUUAGUCACACCUGUGGUUUCUGCGGCUGUAAUGUGUCACUGACUUUUCAAUGCAGUGCUGCCAAAUUGGUAUAAUGGAUAAUAUUCCAGCAUUUGAGUAAAAUAUAUAUUUAUAGAGGCACUAAAGGCCUCUGAAAUUAAACUCCUGUCACUGAAACUGAUGACAGAAAAAUACUGAAGCUGUUGUAAGAUAUGGUUAUUGCUGCUAUAUGGCCCUUUUCCCCAAUACAUAUAGCAUUGCAGGGAAUACUUUUAUCAGUGAAUUGGGAGAUGACACAAAGUGAGACCAGUGGGCUCCUCUUAUGUAAAGUUAGUUUAAAUGGAAGCAACAGUAUUUUAUUUUGAAAGGUGAGUCCCAGCUACUGAUCAGUUAAAGUUGCAUCUACAUUAUUUGAGCCAUACUGCACAGCGUUGUCUUUAAAAAUGAUUAAUCUCUGCCACGUUUAUACAUGUACAGUAUAUCUAGUCUCUGAACCAGCUUGUAACAUCAGAGUUUAUUUUCUAUUUUUAUAGGUCAUUAUUGAGACUAUAGUGGAUUUAAACACUUUAGACACUUUUUGCUUAAAGCUGCAUUAAAGGCCCUCUCCUUUCCCACCCUUGCUGUCUCAAGGUUAGGUCAGUGUUGUAAUUUGAAGUUCCCUUAUUAUGUUCAUUUAAAGGCUCAUAAUUUUUAUUUGGUUUUACUAGAAUGGGUUUACAUGCUUCACAGUGAAAAAAAUCUCACACUGCGUUGCUGCCGCUGUCUGAAACAUUCCUUUUGUUGUCUGGAACAGAAUAUUUGGUGUUCGAUUUCUCGUAGCUGAAAUGUUUUAUUGCUGGUUACCAGAAGUGGCUCUAGAGAUGAAAUAAAGGUGGACUAUAAGCAGCUGUCUGCAUCUGGAUUUAAUUAGAUCCUUAUUGUUUGUCUGAGGGCAUACCAGACUAGGUGGGGAGUUUGCCAAGUUGUUACCUAGUGAUGUAGAUAAGUAACUGUAGAAAAGCCUGAGCUACAAAUGAGGUGUUUCAGGCUGUUAAGCAGCUGUGUUUUCCAUGUCAGAGCUUAGCUCAAGUUGGCUGUUGUAACCUUGCAAACUUUUUGUGCGCACACAAAAGCUUUACAACAGACUUAAGAAAACCCCCAAAGCAUGAGAAGGACACUUUAAGUUACUCUGAGGUGAUCACUGGAGGACUACAAAGAGGCCAGACUCUAGACCCCCACACCCCCCCUUCCUUUAUCAUUGCUCCAUGUGUGCUGUACCAAAAUCUCAUUGUCUGGUUUAAAGGCUAUGCAGUGACAUUUUAGAAAUCUACUUGAUUUAUUUGGCAAAAACUGUUAUCCAUUCGUUUUUGGAUUACUUAUACAUAAGUUAUUUGAAGAAUUUCCACUUUACAGUGUAAAUUUGUCUUUUCUUUCCUCUUUCGUUGGUGUUUUUCCUGUCUUUUGUACAUUUUGUGCAUUAAUGACUUUUAAAUGUUUAUUUAAAAAAAUUAAAUCUCUAAAGAUGUAUGAUUGUUUUCA